AUGGUCUACUCCAAAGCUGUUAUCGCUGCUGCGGCUGCCUUCUUCGGCCUCGCCAACGCCCAUAUGGUCAUGGAGAGCCCAAUCCCAUUCAACCCCGAGAACCUCGACAACGGCCCCUUGUUGAGAAGCGGAGCUGAUUACCCUUGCAAGUUCAACCCGGCCAAGGACAAUGGUGGAAGCUAUCUCCCCGGCAAGUUCGACUCCAGCAAGAACAAGUUCGCUAUUGGCGAGAAGAUCCCCCUUACCUUCAAGGGCAGUGCUGUCCACGGAGGCGGAUCUUGCCAGGUCAGUCUCACUACCGACAAGACGCCAACCAAGAACUCCGAGUUCAAGGUCAUCCACUCCAUUCUCGGUGGCUGCCCUGCCAAUGUCGACGGCAACCUUCCAGAAGACCCCAACGGCCACGGGGCAUCCAAGUUCGAGUUCCAGAUCCCAUCCAGCAUCGCCCCUGGAGAAUACACUCUUGCCUGGACCUGGUUCAACCGCAUCGGAAACCGUGAGAUGUACAUGAACUGUGCUCCCAUCGAAGUCACCGGUGGCUCCAAGAAGCGCUGGGAACCCACCCCCAAGCGUGACCCACGCAGCCUGAUGCCUCUCUCCAAGCGUGCUGACAUGCCUUCUAUCUUCAUUGCCAACGUCGAAAUUCCCAGCCAGCCCUACUGCGAGACUGCCGAAGGCAUGGACGUCAUGUUCCCCGAGAUUGGUGGCUCUUCUGAGAAGGCUGGCAUGCCCAACCGUCUUCAGAAGGCAGGAGACUCUGUUUGUGCCAACAUGGGCGGCAACUCUCCCAAGGCUGGAUCUGGCGGUGCCGGUGGUGAUAAGGGCGGCACUCCAGCUCCUUCUUCCACCUACGGUUCUGCUCCUGCAUCUAGCAAGGCCCCAACUCAAGCUCCAACCUAUGCUCCGGUCCCAUCUCCAUCUGCUCCAGCUCCCCCAGCCGGUGACUCUGGCCCAGGAAACGGCGGAAUCUUCCUCCCAGCCCCAACUGCCAACCCCACCGCUCCAACCAUGCCAGCUCCAUCUUCCACCGGCAUGCCAACCCCACCUGGCAACGGCACUGUUCACCAGGGACCAUGCACUGAUGAGGGCAAGUGGAGCUGCUCUGGCUCCAAGUACCAGCGCUGUGCCAGCGGCCAGUGGUCUCCUGCCAUGGACCUCGCCUCCGGAGUGACCUGUGAGUCUCUUCCAGGCAAGCGUUCCCCAAUGCACCGCCGCCGCGGCCACUACCUUCCUCGCCGUUCUUAA